AUGCCCAACUCUACCACAGUCACUGAAUUCCUGCUUAUGAGGUUUUCUGAUGUGUGGGAGCUCAGAGUCUUGCACGCCAUGUUAUUCCUAAUGAUGUACUUGGCGACUCUGCUGGGGAACUUUCUCGUUGUCACAGUAACCACUCUGGCCGAGAGUCUUCACACUCCCAUGUAUUUCUUCCUUAGAAAUCUGUCUGUCCUGGACAUGUGCUACAUUUCCAUCACUGUACCCAAGGCAUGUGUCAUCUUCCUGCUUGACAACAGGGUAAUCUCCAUGGUUGGAUGUGCAGCUCAGAUCUUCCUUGUGAUUUUGUUUGCUUUUGCAGAGCUGCUAUUUCUCACAAUCAUGGCCCGUGACCGCUAUGUGGCCAUCUGCCAACCCCUCCACUACCCUGUGAUCAUGAACCCUCGGGCCUGUGUCCAAAUGACACUGGCCUCAGUAUUCAGUGGUCUGAUCUAUGCAGGUGUAUACACUGGCAAUGCAUUCCGGUUGUCCUUCUGUCGUUCCAAUGUGGUCCAUCAGUUCUUCUGUGACGUCCCAUCUCUACUGAAACUCUCCUGCUCUAACACUUUCAGCAAUGAGAUUGUAAUUUUUGUCUCUGCAGUGGUUAUUGUAGGUGGCUGCUUUAUCUUCAUCAUCAUGUCUUAUAUUCGCAUAUUUUCUGCUGUGCUCAAGUUUCCAACCAGAGGAGAGCGAGGGAAAGCCUUUUCUACCUGUGUUCCUCACAUUCUUGUAGUGACAGUCUUUGUUGUCUCAGCCAUUACUGUCUAUAUGAAGCCGACCUCCAAUUCACCUACAACUCAGGACAUGAUUAUUUCUGUGUUCUAUUCUAUAGCCCCUCCUUUCCUAAAUCCUAUUAUCUAUAGUCUCAGAAACAAGCAGAUAAAGGAGGCUGUAAGGACAGUUAUGAGUAGGAUGCUCUAUUCAGAAAAACAAUAAGGUCAUUAUUUUAAGGAAUUUCUCCUUUGAUGAGCUGAGUUGAAAAAUACUUCAAAAUUAGCUUUCUUGUGUACUUCCAAAAUUGAAGGACCUGACUGUCAGCAUUGAAAUGAUGUUGUUGUUGUUAUUUGCUAUCAAGAGGUUCCUACUCAAGACAACCUUACAUAUAACAGAAUGAAAGUUUUCCCAGUCCUGCACCAU